AUGAAUCAAGAUGGGAUUUUGGAGUAUGGCUACUGGAAUCAUAAGGACAAGUUGGUUGUGACAAAAGAGUUCUCUACCACACAAGCUGAAAUUUACAAGGAACUCAAGGAUCAAGUUCUUCGAGUCGCAACCAUUGAAGAAAUUCCUUUUGUGAUGUACAAAGGUCCAGCAGGCGAGGAAAAAUCCAGCAAUCCGAAAGACUGGCAUGGAUUUUGCAUCGAUCUCCUCGACGAAUGUGCCGCAGCAUUGGAAUUUAAUUACACCGUUCAUCCAGUCACAGAUGGUAACUAUGGAACUGCAAAGAUUAUCAACGGACAAGAGGUCUGGGAUGGCAUUAUUGGACAGCUGCAAUUUCGCAAGGCUGAUCUGGCCGUAGCCAUGCUGACCAUAAGCUAUGAACGAGAACGAGUGAUUGACUUUACGACACCAUUCAUGAAUCUGGGGAUAAGCAUUAUUUUUAAGAAACCAGAGGAGAAGCAGCCAGGUCUCUUUUCAUUUCUUCGACCCCUUUCACCCACUGUUUGGGGCUAUGUACUGAUAGCCUACGUGGGAGUCAGCAUAGGCCUCUUCUUCGUGGCUCGGUUCAGCCCUUACGAGUGGACCAACCCACAUCCCUGCAAUGUAGACUCGCAAUUACUCAAGAAUAACUUCAACAUGCUCAACAGUCUGUGGUUUACUAUAGGCUCUCUUAUGCAACAAGGGUCAGACAUUCUACCGCGAGCAACAUCAACUAGGAUAAUUGCGGGAUUUUGGUGGCUCUUCACCCUUAUCAUUAUCUCCUCCUACACCGCCAACUUGGCCGCCUUUUUGACAGUGGAAAGGAUGCAGGCGCCGAUUGAGGAUGUUAAUGAUUUGGCAAAACAGACAAAGAUCAAGUAUGGCACAAGGAGUGGCGGCUCCUCUGCGGCCUUCUUCGCAAAGAAGCACGUGCCACUAUUGACGCGUCAUUCGAUGACGAACGUCUCCACAACUGGUAGUCAUGCCUCAGGUGAUUGGCACAACAAUUGGUUUUCCACCCACAUCAGUCGGCAGAGUAGCGUAAUCUGUGAAAAAUCUAACCAAUCAGUGUAUCAACGCAUGUGGCAGUAUAUGUCAAGCCAGAAGGGUGUGAUGAUCAACAAUGCAACGGAGGCGAUAGCACGAGUUAAAAGAGGCGGCUAUGCCUACAUUCUCGAGUCAACUAUGAACGAAUACUUCACUCAACGCAAUUGCGAUCUCACCCAAAUCGGGGAUAAUCUCGACUCCAAGGGCUAUGGAAUCGGAUUCCCACAAGGUUCCAAAUACCGAGACGCCUUCACAGAGGUCAUUCUGCAGCUUCAGGCCUCACAACGCUUGGAGCAGAUUCGUCACUACUGGUGGCGUUACUACAAUAUCACUACACCAUGCAGCGAAAAGGUGACUAAGAGCAAGGACACCAGUACUCUCGGUCUGGAACAGGUCGGCGGAUGUUUUGUCAUGAUCCUCAUUGGUCUUGGAUCCUCCGUUCUUAUCAGCUUGCAGGAGUUCCUAUACAAGGUCUAUCAUCGUGUCACCAUUACCAAGCGUCCCUUCAUAGAGGAGGCUGCUCGGGAAUUCCGUUUUUCUAUGGCUCGCUCAAGCACUCGAGAUUUUGGUGCCGAAUCGGCGCUACGUUUGCCGCCGCCACCACUACCAUCACAAUGCCUACCGCCAACGAAGGAGUGUCGCAUGGCGGCUCUGGCCUACGCACCCUGCCUUCCUGCUGUGGUUCGGUCUUCUCCACCCCCGUCAGCGGCCGGUACAACGGGGAACGUGCAGGCAGGUAUGAGGCGCAGUCGAUCCAGCGAUUCCCGCCGCCCAUCGGCUUUGGAAGUAGCGCGAAUGCAUCGACGAGCAUCGUGUCGGAGGCCCAGUUCACGCCACGUGCUAAAGGCCAGUCCACAGCCAUCUCAUGCCACUAGUAGUGAAGGUCCCAUCAAUUCCGCCAAUGCGAAUCCUGCUUUCAUCUCCGACUCAACUCGAAUCCUUCAUCCAGUGAAUGGUUGUAGCGCUCCCGUUGAAAUUAACGCGCAUCGCCCCAUAGCUGUGAGUGGACUGUCGAACGAUUUUCGUCGAUAUCCACCUCCACCACCACCAAUGCCUCAAAUUGGUUUCAUCGUCAGCGCCAACGGUGACACCUACCCUCCGCCUCUAGGUGGUCCAGCUGGUAGAAGUUAUGGAGACAUUCGGGUGAAGAAAUUCAAUUGUUGA